AUGAAUAAACCUUUACGAACUUCCCAUCCAUUAUUUAAAAUUGCUAAUAACGCAUUAGUAGAUUUACCAGCUCCUAUUAAUAUUUCAAGAUGAUGAAAUUUUGGUUCAUUGUUAGGAUUAUGUUUAAUUAUUCAAAUUUUAACAGGAUUAUUUUUAGCAAUACAUUAUACUGCUGACGUUAAUAUAGCUUUUUAUAGAGUAAAUCAUAUUUGUCGUGAUGUAAAUUACGGAUGAUUAUUACGAACUUUACACGCUAACGGAGCAUCAUUCUUUUUUAUUUGUAUUUAUUUACAUGUAGGACGAGGAAUAUAUUAUGGAUCUUAUUUAUUUACACCUACAUGAUUAGUAGGGGUAAUUAUUUUAUUUUUAGUAAUAGGAACAGCUUUUAUAGGAUAUGUUUUACCUUGAGGACAAAUAUCUUUUUGAGGAGCUACUGUAAUUACAAAUUUAUUAUCUGCUGUACCUUACUUAGGUAUUGAUUUAGUACAAUGAGUAUGAGGAGGAUUCGCUGUUGAUAACGCAACUUUAACUCGAUUUUUUACUUUUCAUUUUAUUUUACCUUUUAUUGUAUUAGCAAUAACAAUAAUUCAUUUAUUAUUUUUACACCAAACAGGAUCUAAUAAUCCUAUUGGUUUAAAUUCUAAUAUUGAUAAAAUUCCUUUCCAUCCUUAUUUUACAUUUAAGGAUAUUGUUGGUUUUAUUGUAAUAAUUUUUUUAUUAAUUUCUCUUGUACUUAUCAAUCCUAAUUUAUUAGGAGAUCCUGAUAAUUUCAUUCCAGCUAAUCCAUUAGUUACACCAGCUCAUAUUCAACCCGAAUGAUAUUUUUUAUUCGCUUACGCAAUUUUACGUUCAAUUCCAAAUAAAUUAGGUGGGGUAAUUGCAUUAGUAUUAUCAAUUGCUAUUUUAAUAAUUUUACCUUUUUCUAAUUUAAGAAAAUUCCGAGGAAUUCAAUUUUACCCUUUAAAUCAAAUUUUAUUCUGAACUAUACUAGUAACAGUAAUUUUAUUAACUUGAAUUGGAGCCCGACCAGUUGAAGAACCUUAUGUACUAUUAGGACAAAUUUUAACCGUAAUUUAUUUUUUAUACUAUUUAAUUAACCCCCUAGUUAGAAAAUGAUGAGAUAAUUUAUUAAAUUAA